UUUCGUUUGAUUAGAUGGAUUUUGAUCGAGGAUCGACAAUGGAGUCUUCGCAGAGAGAUGAUAAGGUAAAGGGACCGUGGAGCCACGAGGAGGACGAGUUGUUGCAGAGUCUCGUGCAACGAUACGGCCCGCGGAACUGGUCGAUAAUAAGCAGAUCGAUUCCCGGUAGGUCCGGCAAAUCUUGCCGGCUCCGGUGGUGCAAUCAGCUCUCGCCGGAGGUUCAGCACCGCCCGUUCUCAGCCGAGGAGGACGAUAUCAUCGUCCACGCGCACGCCAAGUACGGCAACAAGUGGGCGACGAUCGCGAGGCUGCUCAACGGCCGUACGGACAACGCGAUCAAAAACCACUGGAACUCGACCUUGAAGAGGAAGUGCUCGUCGGCGAUCGAUGACGGCGUGAUGUUGCUCGACGCGGAGCUAUCGAUUCUCCGACCGCGGAAAAGAUUAGCGAGUGCGCCUCCGGCGUCGUUUUCCGGCCUCUGUUAUAGCUCCAGCAGCCCUUCCGGAUCUGACGCGAGCGAUUCGGCGGCUCCGGUGACGUCUCUCCCUCGCGUGUUUUGGCCUGGGGCGAGAACCGGCGCGAUCUUGCCGCCUUCCACGCAGGUCGAGUCUCCGAGCCAAAAGGACAACAAAAUCAUCGUAAACGACAGCUUCAGCGAGCCGUCGACUCUUCUCACUCUGUCUAUGCCUGGAACUGGAUCC